CUUUCCGACCCGCGGACGCCAUGAACUACUUCUUCCAGAACCUCCUAGGCGCCCCGUAUCGCGGCGGCGACGCCAUCAUCAUACAGAAUAAACUCCUGGUAUCCCCGGUCGGUAACCGCGUCUCCGUCACAGACCUUAACAAAUUCGAAACCAUAACGCUCCCCAUCCAGUCUUCUUCCAAUAUCUGUCACCUCGCGGCCUCUCACGAUGGUACAUUCCUCCUCACUGUCGACGAGAACAAGCGCUGCCUCUUCAUCAAUCUCCCGCGGCGUGUCGUCCUUCAUCGAAUGACGUUCAAGCAUCCCGUACACGCAGUCAAAUUCAGUCCAAACGGAAAAUAUAUUGCAGUCGCCGCCGGUAAGUUGCUUCAAAUCUGGAGAUCCCCAGGUUUCAAGCGUGAGGUUUUCGCAUUUGAAUUGGUUAGGACUUUUGCUGAUUGCAAUGAUAAGAUAGUAGCUAUUGAUUGGGAUACCGAAUCGAAAUAUUUGCUUGUUGGGUCGAAAGAUUUGACUGCGAGAUUGUUUUUUGUGAAUAAAGUAUGGGGUGAUUAUAAAAAGCCGUUUUUAUUUCUGGGUCAUAGAGAUACAGUUGUGGGUUGUUUUUUUGGUGUGGAUAAGAAGAGUAAUAAGGUCAAUAAGGCUUAUACCAUUACCCGUGAUUGUUAUCUCUUCAGUUGGGGGUACAAUGAAAAUGAUGAUAAACUGGACAAAUUAGGAGGGGAGAGUCCGGAGCCGUCUUCUCAAGGGACAUCAGAGAGGGAUGGGGAAGAAAGGGGAGAGAUUGUGAAGAAGAGGAAGGAGUUCGAUGGAAAAGAAGAUAAUUCAGGAGAAGAUGGGCGGUAUUUGCAUCAAGGAAAAUGGGAGUUGUUGAGGAAAGAUGGGUUUAUGCAGGCACCAGCAAAAUUGACUGCCUGUGAUUAUCAUAGAGGUCUUGAUCUUGUGGUCGUGGGUUUUUCCAAUGGGGUUUUUGGGCUGUACCAGAUGCCUGAUUUUGUGUGCAUCCAUUUACUGUCAAUAUCAAGGGAGAAAAUUACAACAGCAGUGUUUAAUGAACUUGGGAAUUGGUUGACCUUUGGUUGUGCAAAGUUGGGGCAGUUGUUAGUAUGGGAAUGGCGGUCAGAAAGUUAUAUAUUGAAGCAGCAAGGGCAUUACUUUGAUGUGAACUGUCUGGCUUACUCACCAGAUUCACAGCUUCUGGCUACUGGAGCGGAUGAUAAUAAAGUUAAGGUUUGGACGGUUUCAUCUGGCUUUUGCUUUGUAACAUUCACCGAGCACACUAAUGCUGUUACUGCUCUCCAUUUUAUGGCUAACAACAAUUGCCUCUUAAGUGCAUCUCUGGAUGGGACUGUCCGUGCAUGGGAUCUGUUACGUUAUCGAAAUUUUAGGACAUUUACCUCCCCUACUUCUAGGCAGUUUGUUUCUUUGGCAGCAGAUCAAAGUGGUGAAGUGAUUUGUGCAGGAACUCUAGAUUCGUUUGAGAUCUUUGUUUGGUCAAUGAAGACGGGCCGUUUAUUGGACAUUCUAAGUGGUCAUGAAGGUCCUGUACACGGAUUAAUGUUCUCUCCUACAAAUGCAAUCCUAGCUUCAUCAUCAUGGGACAAAACUGUUCGGUUGUGGGAUGUAUUUGAAGGAAAAGGUGCUGUUGAAACGUUUCCUCACAUGCAUGAUGUUUUGACUGUUGUUUAUCGUCCAGAUGGAAAGCAAUUAGCUUGCAGCACAUUAGAUGGCCAAAUUCAUUUCUGGGAUCCUCUUGAUGGUUUGUUAAUGUACACGAUUGAGGGCCGCAGAGAUAUUGCUGGAGGACGUCUCAUGACUGAUCGUAGAUCUGCUGCUAAGUCAAGUUUGGGGAAGUGCUUCACAACCUUAUGCUACUCUGCUGAUGGAAGUUACAUCCUAGCUGGAGGAAGUAGCAGAUACAUUUGUAUGUAUGAUGUUGCUGAUCAGAUUCUGCUACGACGAUUUCAAGUAACCCACAAUCUCUCUUUAGAUGGAGUUCUUGAUUUCUUAAACUCAAAGAAUAUGACAGAAGCUGGUCCAUUAGAUUUAAUUGAUGAUGAUAACAGUGAUGUAGAAGAAGGUGUUGACAAUCAAACAAGAGGAAAUACUGGUUAUGAUUUACCAGGUUCUAUGGCUAAUCAUGGUAGACCUACUGUUCGAACAAAAUGCCUAAGAAUUGCUCCAACUGGUAGGAGUUUUGCAGCAGCAACAACAGAGGGUGUUCUAGUUUAUUCAAUUGAUGAAUCAUUCAUCUUCGAUCCCACUGAUCUUGACAUAGAUGUUACACCAGAGGCUGUUGACGCAGCCCUUAGUAUGGAUCAACCCAGCAGGGCUUUGAUUCUUAGUCUGCGAUUAAAUGAGGAUGCUCUGAUAAAAAGGUGUAUUUUCUCAGUCAAUCCAAUAGAUAUUCGAGCAGUUGCUUUGUCAGUACCUCAUAGAUACUUGAAAAGGUUGAUAGAAGCCUUGGCAGAUCUUCUGGAAAAUUGUCCACAGUUGGAGUUUGUACUUAAUUGGUGUCAGGAACUAUGCAAUGCCCAUGGUAACCAUAUUUUACAGAAUUAUAGAGCUUUUCUUACUGCUUCAAAAUCCUUAAAUAAGGCUUUGACAAGAACCCACCAGGAUUUGGCAGAUCCUUGUUCGUCCAAUGAAUAUACACUUCGAUAUAUAUGCUCUUUUGGCGCCAAGAAAUGAGUCUAGACUGGUAUCUUAAAAUCACUGGAUGAGGAUUUUGGUGGAACUUGCAGAGAAAGAAUAUAUGAUCAGCUGUCAGAUUGUUCUAUUGCACAACAUUAACUCAUGGCACAGCAUUGACUCGCUGAUGACUAUCAUCUUAGACAAGAUCCCUUGUUACCGCCAAUGGAGUAAAAGAAGCACCGUCGUAAUGUUCAGGAAACAAUUCCUGAAUUCCUGAUCAGUAAAAUAACGUUGUUAUAAAUUUUCUAAUUGUCAGAAUUUGCAUGCAACAGCUGUUCCUGUUAUUUGACAUAGCAAGGUCGUAUAACUCUUCAGUGAAGUCAUCUGAAACAAUUUUGUUAGGGGAAAAUGCCAAUCUACCUUGUACUGAUAGCAUCGUAUGCUAAUUUAUUGUUUGUUAUUUGUCUGUUUGGACCCUCCAGGUUGAUGGAAAUUUUGAGUUUGUGAGAUUAUUUACCAAGAAAUAUUAUGUUAUUUA